AGUCCGAGAGUGAGCAAGUGUCACAGGUAAUAUCGUCAUUUUAUAACCUUACCCUGUUUUCAGGCCUUGUCUGUUGCCACGUUUUCUUUUUAAUGCAGGCGAAUCAGAUAAAGCUGUCCUGGUUGAUAUGCUCAAAUUAGAAGUACAGGAAAACUCAAUUUUACGAUGAUACAUGUACCGGACGACAUUCGGAAAUCCAGUUCAGUGGCCGAUCAAGAAAAGUGUUUUAGAUGAAGAACGACGAAACCUUUUCGAGACGUGAAUUUCUGAGAUUUAUGGGUUUACAUCUUCGUCAUCGAGAGGAGUGUUUUGGAGGGAAAGUGCAUGCUGACGGGCACUGGACACAGUUUAUCACCACACCGCAGGGAGAACAACUCGACUGAUUCAUCCCUGUCAAGGAGGCAACUCAUUCGGAACGAAAUGUGACCGGAAAACAGAAUCUGUUCCUCUGUCGUCACAUCGUAACCUUUGACAUCAGCUCUACAUAGGUCUAUUCAUCACGCCUUUACCACGAGCGCCUCUCUCGAUAUACGUGUCGAUCCCUGUCCUCGGGUUUAUUCAGCGAUCUUGGACUCCACUGAGCGGCGGAUUUUAGGGCUGGAGGAAAAGAAUGACUGAUUUCUUGCCGGUACUGUCCUGGCGUGUGAAAAAAGUUCGUCUCACUUAUACGGGCGAUCUAGCUUCGAGCUGGGGGCGUUCUUCGCCGAUGGCGCUGAAUGAAAUCGAAGCUGACGCUCACUGGUCAGGUUUUAUCGUGCCGGAGUGCGAGAGGCCACGGUCUACGGAUUUUCCCGUAACCCAGAGUUUUACGUCUAUCAUUUUACCCAUGGGAAGGCUAACAUCUAAUUCCGGGUAGAUGUCCCAGAUCUGGAUGGGAUGUGAACUUCCAACGGGUAAAAUUGCCGUUCCAUUUGGUGUGGGAUUGAGCCCCCCAGUCCUAUCGGUUUCUCUCAACUGUCUUGUGACACAGGGAGAGUGUGCCACAACUGGUGUGUGUUGUGUGAACAUCGUGUCGUCAGCAACAGUUUUUCCUCCUCGAGCAGCAGUUCAGUGUUAACGUUUGAUGCAGUUAAUUGUCUCGCCUGGCAGGACCGCGAGCCAACGACAGGGUCCUCCCUAGUCGGGGACAGAAAAGGAGACAAUUUGGAAAGUGAGGCUGUCGGGAUUGAGAGAGGGUUUAACGCCAUAAAGUGGACUGCCCGCUGAGCUGAUAGCUACGCCUAAGCCUCUGUUGGGUGUCCAGUCUUUGCUGCUCAACCGCCUGUUGGAAUACACGACCCAACGGGACACUGUUGAUUGGCAACGGCAAACCACAUACUUGUCCUGAUCUGAGAACACGCGACCACAAACUGACUGGGGGCGUUAAAAAAGGAUCCACGACCUGGUUUUAAUCGGUUUCUGCUACCAAGGCCGCGAGUACUCUCUGGACUCUCCCUAUUUUUGCAUCUUAACUCUAGAUUAACCGACCAUUGGCUGGACUGGUUGAGACCAACCGGCCGUGCAGAUGUUCCAUGUGGGACCAGCUGCUCUGAAUCCCGAGGCCACUUGAACUGGAAAUUUACCCGAUUCUUCACAUUUCGCUGCUAAAAAGCAGACGAUAGAUCUCUUGAAUGGUAGCAGUUUUAAUUUGAUUCGUUGACAGCGUCACAUCAUAAUGGCGACAACGAACGGCCGAAGGCCCCUCGGGGACUUUGUUGUUAUCUGCACUUUGGUGCUAAUCGUCUCAUUGGUCGGUGUGUCUUCAACAUACGUCCAAGCCAGUAACACCACUGACGCCUCAGAGUCUAAUACUACCCAAUCAAUUACUGCAACCCCUGACACCAACAUGUCCUUCACUUUCAUCGCCCGGUCCAAUGGCACCGCUGCUCCCGUGGCGGGGCUGGCAACUCCCCCUCCACGCUUCAACGUGACGGUCUUCGAAAACAUAUACCAGGAGUACGAGGAGCAUUUCAUGGCCUACCAUAACUUGUUGGAAAUAGGCGAGGAGAGGCAGUGCUCCCUGAGAAACAUGCUGGAGGAAACGCUUCUUGAUUUCGAUGCAGCAGAAAAUGGGCGUUACUGCGGGAGUCUUUUCGACACCAUCUUGUGCUGGCCGGCAAGUGAGCCUGGGAUCAUCAAUCGCUCCUGUCCAGCAGUCCUGAACGAUGUACACUACGAUACAUCAUACAAUGUAACCAGAGUCUGCAAUCCGGAUGGUACUUGGGCCAACAAGUCCAACUACUCCUCAUGCACUGCCAAAUAUAUACCGGACGUAAACAGUAACGAUAUCGCGCUGCAGGUUUUGGUGUAUGUUGGUUAUAGCUUGUCCUUUACUGCCCUCGUGGGGGCGUUCUGCAUCUUCUUAUUCUUCAAGAGUCUGAGAUGUGUUCGCAACUACAUCCAUUGGAAUCUGGUCAGUUCGUUCGUGGUCUUAUACAUCUCCUACUUCACUCUGUCUGGUACAAUUGGACUAGUGAAUGACAAAUCGGAUGUCCAGUGGAUCUGCCGGCUGCUCUACGUCCUCAUGUUAUAUGCGAUGAUGACUAACUUCUUCUGGAUGUUCGUGGAAGGAAUUUACCUCUACACAUUGGUUGUCAGGGCACUGACCGUGCGACGAAACUUCUUUUGGAUUUACUGUAUAUUCGGCUGGGCUGGUCCGGUUCCGUUCGUCGUAGCAUUCACUAUUGUCAAAAUAGUUUCCCAAAGCGAUCAGUGUUGGGUUAACACAGGCCCUGAACAGGACCCACACAAUUACAUCAUCAUGUCACCUAUCUUCUUGGUCAUUGCGGUCAAUCUCUACUUCCUGAUACACAUCAUGGCGAUCCUGGUGACCAAGCUUAGAGCCUCGCAUUCACUAGAAACCCAGCAGUAUCGGAAAGGUGUCAAGGGGACUUUAUUCCUGCUACCCCUGCUUGGUGUGACGUACCUCCUGUUCUUGUUGGGACCGGCUCAAGUAUCCGAAAAGGAGUCCAAUACAGCGUCCUUCUACAUCUAUUCGUAUUUUAGCACUUUGCUUAGCUCCUUACAAGGGUUCUUCGUGGCGGUUAUCUACGUGUUUUUAAACCAGGAGGUACAGAACGUGAUCAAGAGGAAAAUCCGACGAUGGCGGGAAGAGAACACAUUACCGACACGUGUCGUGUCCCGCCGAGGAUCCAACACCAGGACCAGCUUUGGUAACCUGGGCAUCUUUGGCGGACGUCGUAGCGGCCACGGUGGCCCAGGAAGUGCAAGCGAGCAUGUGACUGCCUUCAAGCUACCUGGUGGUCACAUCUCAUCACCCGAGGUUUACUCCAACGGCGCCAAGGUGCCUCCCUUCAUCCGCAUGGAUGAGGUUCAACCUCUGACGCCAGUCUCCGAGGCGCCCACGUCGCCUCAGACCAUGCAGUCCUACGUCAGCUUGGGCAACGGCCAUGAAAGUGAGACUCAGCCCAUAAAUGACGUUGAGCUGGACGCACUGAAAGGAGACAACGCACGUUGCAAUGGACUGAACGAGUCAUCGGACUGGGAUUGCAAUGAGCUACCGUUGCUGUCGGUCAACGCCUGCGGGACUACCUCUGAGGUGAACGGCACGCAAGACUCAUCACAUCACGGUACAUGGGAUCUGGGUCCUCAUGGAAACUUUUCAAACGUCACAGAAAAGAAAGCUCUCCAAACUGACCAUGACAAUAAUGGUGUCCUAGGUGGGAAUCACAACAACAAUAAUAGUCUGGCCCCGGGUUUGGCCAGACCAAAAACGGCCUCCGGGCGCAGCAGGGUAACUUUCGCCGACGAACUGGUCCAUGAGAACCACAAAAGACCGGCCUGUUGCGAUACCGGUAGGAACGAGGAGGCAUACGACCGAUCUCCGAGGAAGAAAGCCGACGCAGAGAAACCUCCCUCUCGCGGCCAGACUGACGGGGAAGAUUCCCCCGAUUCAGUGACUGGUAAGCAGGACAUCCAGCGGAGCCCACUGUUACCGUGCAUUCGUAAGAAACCUUGGGCAUCAUCGAAACCUAAUGGUACGAUAGCCUUUCCAAAGGCUCCCGAGGGGACACCUGUCUGACAGACUCCCGCAAUGCGUGCGUGAGGUACCCCCACCUCAAUAGGAAUCAAAACUCACGAGGUUUCGAUAUUUAUACCAGCUGAUUGUGAUGAUGCAAGAAACUUGGUAGCCACAAUACUGGAAGAUGGCGGCUUCUGAAUCCUUUCCCAUUUGGAUAUGAACAGAAAGCUGUCGCUGCGUGAACACGGUGGAUUUCUACUCCCAAGCAGCAAAUAUGAUCCUCGGCUUUAGAAGUCGACAGAGGCAACUUCGAGUUGACUGGCACCAGUGCAGAUAGUGUAAAUACUGACAGUCUCCGUUACCCACUGGAAUGACAAAUAUCCUUGGAUAGAUUUGGUUUUGUGUCUCUCAGAUGAACGUGUCAGACUUGCUUUCCGUUUCAAGCAUUUGUUUAUUCACUACUUAACUUCUAUCUACAUGUAAUACUAUAGAUGCUGUUCAAUAUAUGUAUUACACUUAAAGAAAACCAAAUUAUCUCCGUCGUAAACUUGAAAAAAGUCUCAAGAUAAAACGUCCAUGUGAAUGAAAUGAGUAGAAACUCUCAUUUUUCUCGGGAAAAUUGAUGAAAGUUUUAAUUUUUUUUCUCUUUGGUUCGGUUGUGGCUUGUAGAGUUUUGAGGAGUAUAGAAAUAUAAAGGAAAAACCUUAAAAUGGUAUUAAACCCUCUGUGGUUGGAAUUUGUACAGAUGUUCUUUGAAGUCCGAAUUGAGCCCUUUCAGUACGAUUUGUGCGGCGGUGGGGAGGUGAUUCCAUCACCCGAGUAAACAGAAUGUGCUAACGUUUCCAUAAGCAUAUCAUCGUACUAAUUAUUGUUUGUUAUAGAAGCACUGUCUAAACAAAUAAUUACAAAGAAUACCAAAAAAAAAAAAUAAAAAAAUAAAAGAAAAAAAAUGACAACAAAUAUACACAAAGAAGCCUGAGUGGAGACGAUUGAUCGUUUCUUUUGUUUUCAAUACCAACAGAGUAAGACUCUUUCUUUUUACCCUAACACUCCUCAGUCCUCCAACAGGUGAAGGAUUGAGGAGUGUUUGGGUUAAGAAAGUAUUUUGGAGGGAGCUCAGCGUCUGUAGGCUUGUACAAAUUUGACGUAUUUGUUCUGGGUCAGAAAUCUGUCACCGUGACGGAUGUGUUUUAGUUGAAGGAAAGUUGGAAGUUUCUUCGUGUAUGGUAUUGUGUUGUAUGUACAGUGUAAAAUAUGUAAAACUGAAGAAGUAUUCCGUAAUCAUGUUAGUGCCUCUGGUGGUUUUUAUCUUGAUAUUUGGCAGUUAUUUCUCCAAAUAAUAUAGCAAACAUCUCACCGAAAUCUUGUUGAAUUUAUUGUUGCCAUAAUUAUCCAGAACAUUGGAUGUUGUUGGUGUUGCAGGUUUAAUAUUGUGAGUGAACUGAACUUGGCAUUCUUGUCGCCAAAGGCGUCUUUGCUGACUGUUUUUGGUGAGAAAUAUAAAGUCGGCGUUAAUUUUAAUGAGGGGAAAUCGAUAGGUGCUUCAGUCUACACAACCUGAAAUGUUAAGUCCAUUAUUGUCAUGAAAUACUCUUUCAAAAUAACACCCGGGACUGUAAGCUAUAUUUGAACGCUUCCGGGGAGUUUGCUGUGCUGAUGUAGUCGCCACAUCAUCUUGCGAUUCUUGCUGGAGAAAGUCGACUAUUCUGCGUAAAAAUCUAUUUCAUAUUUUUUUUUUGAAAAAAAAACUUGUAUAUUAGCUAUUCCGUUUGUGGUGUGCUGUGUUUUGAAUUGGGUGAAUGUUCCCACAGAAUUUUUUGUUUUUUAUUUUGUUGAGAAUUUUCGCUGUUCGUUCAUCAAGAUCGUAGAAUACCAAGUACUAAACGGUGUUCCCUUGAUGUCGCUUUUAUGUACAUACUUGGAUUAUAAAAUACUACAAUGCUUGAAGAAUAGUGAAAGUGGUAACAUUUUGUUUGCCCUUUUGACUUGAUGCAUUCCAUUAUCUGUUUUUUGCUUAUUGAGUGUGUCGGCCCAUGUAAGAAAUGGAGUUAUUUUCCUAAAGUAUAAAAAAAGCAAUGCCGAUUAAGAGGUGUAUUUGAAUUGAUUUUUCCGAUUAUUUAGCUCAAAGCAUGUAACUAGAAAAAUGUGGGUUAUUUAUCUCUCUGUGGUAGGGAAAAGCUGUUACUUUAGAUGGCGUUACUUUCGUCGUUUUUAAAUGUGAUUUUAUGUGACUCGCAGACAAAAUAAAAGACUGAUUUUGUUACCAACAUGGUUACCGCUUACGCAUAUUGUGGUAUGAAGGUGGUGCAGAAAUGAAAAUAGAUCGUUGUCAUGUUAACUAUACAAGCAAGCGCAUAAAAUGUUGUGAUUUGAUUAUUGGAAAUCAUUUAAUGUAUCAUUACCAAUUAUGAAUAUCUGUACAUGUAAAUGCAAACAUUGAAACCUUCAUAGCCAACAGCUGGAUGUGACCUUCUUAUUUUUGGAGAACAAAGUUAUAUUUUCCCCAUUCUUUUAGGAUGAUGUGAAUAAAUUUAUCAUCGUUAUGGAAACUGAA